GAAAAUCCGAGGACAAAAGCAAGCCCAAAAUAAACCAAAACAAAAAAUCUCAAAAUAUUUCAACCACGCCAGAAAUUGAAGCAGCAGCGACAGCCAGAAACGCCGGAAACAACCACGGUGACUACGAGGCGGCUUCUCGAACAACGAAUAAUAAUCUCUACCAUUGCUACACCAUACAGUAUACAAUAAUCAAAGAAUGAGCAAAAGGCCAGCACCUGAUCCAGUUGCAGUCCUUAGAGGCCAUCGCGCCUCUGUUAUGGACGCUUCUUUCCAUCCUUCUAAACCUUUGCUUUUCACCGGUUCUACAGACGGAGAGUUACGGAUUUGGGAUACUGUACAGCAUCGAACUGUAUCAUCUUCUCGGGUGCAUAGUGCGGCUCAUGGGAUAAUAUCUGUGGCUGCGAGUCCUUUGAUUGGUGACAACAAAGUUAUCAGCCAGGGUAGGGAUGGAACUGUAAAGUGCUGGGAUAUUGACAAUGGUGGUUUGUCGAGGGAACCUUCACUAACUAUCAAAACAAACGCUUACCAUUUUUGCAAGCUCUCUUUAGUGAAGAAGCCUAAUUCUAGUGUGAGGCAAGGUGAAGGGCCAAAUUAUAAACAUGAGAAGGAUGAUACAGAAACUGUUGAUACCAAUUCUCUGGGCAAUAAAGGAAUAAAUUAUGAAGAAGAUCCAGUUGAGUGCUCCAACCCCCUUGAAGAUUUGCAUGCUGAUGGAUCAAAGUACAUUGCUGUGGCAGGGGAGCAGUCUUCCGAGGUUGAGAUAUGGGAUCUGAAUACUGCAGAAAGGCUUGCACGAUUACCUCAAAGCUGCAUUGGUGGUUCAUCUAAUAUUUCUACUAACAAAAGAGGAAUGUGCAUGGCAGUUCAAGCAUUUCUACCAUCAGAAUCACAGGGAUUUCUGUAUAUCUUGGUUGGUUAUGAGGAUGGUUCCAUGCUUUUGUGGGAUAUGCGAAAUCCAGGGGCUUUUGUAAAUUCUGUUAAGUUCCAUACAGAGCCAGUUCUAAGCCUAUGCGUCGAUGGGUUGUGCAGUGGGGGCAUUUCAGGAGCCGCUGAUGACAAAAUUGCCCUAUAUAGUUUGGAUGUUUCUGUGGGUUCUUGUGUGAUGAAGAAAGAGAUUAGCUUGGAACGACCUGGUGUAUCAGGCACCUCAAUUCGACCAGAUAGCAAAAUUGCUGCCACUGCUGGUUGGGACCACAGCAACUCGGAACACAAUAUAUAUCAGCAACUUGCACUAAUAUGAGAACAUAUCAGCGACCAAAAUUAUGAUCGAGUCAGGAUAUAUAACUAUCGCAAAGGAAAUGCUUUGGCUAUACUGAAGUAUCACCAUGCUACGGUAUUUAAAUCCAAAUUCCUAGUAGCAACAAUGUCACCUUUUUUUUUUCAGUAACGAUUAUGUAAUCCAGGGCUUGGCACCCUUUUACUCAAUUCUUUAUUUCAAUGUGAGAAUGGAAUCUCUGGUCAUCACUAUCUUUUUAUCUUGUUCAAUUUGACUUUCCAUACUUGCGUGAAUGUGUGUCAUGCUUAUUAGAUGUUUCUUGUGUCUUGACUUGCUUUGUAGAGUUGUUGAACUUCCUGUUAGUUACUCUUUAAUUGAACACUCCCUUAUAUGGUAAGCUUUUUCUCUCAAAAAUAAAAUUACUUUUGCUUGGAACUUUGUCCAUAUGACAGUGUGCAAUCUUUCUUACGGUGACCAAAGCUAACAGGGGAAUGCAUCAUUGAUGAAAACACCUUGAAACUUUCAACGGAUAGGAGCCUAAAUUGAUAGAAAAAUUUAUCUUCUUAGAAUCAACUUAACAAUGCCCAGUAUCCUAUCCUCAAGACAUAUAUGCCCAUUUGGAGAAAAUAACCCACAAGAGACCACAAUGUACUUUAUCUAUAGAUUGUUCUCUUCAUGCUCAACCAAACUAAGCAAUCACUGGAUACCUCAUUCACAGGACUUCAUCUAAUUGCUAAAUAUUGUGUGAUUGAAGAAGAAAAAAUAUAUCGAACUCAUAGAACAGGCCACCCCUGUUUUGUUGCAUGGCAUAUUAUGUUUUAUCAGAUUUUCAGCAGCAUAGUAGAGGGCUUUCUUUAGCAAUAACAGUGAAAAUAGGAAAGAGAUAUUUGUGCGCCAUGAUAUAUAAUGAAUUUGAUCCCUCUAUUUUUCACCAAGAUGUCAAUUUCUAUCUUCAAGAAGCCUUUUUUUAGUUUUAACUUGAUUUUGGGUAAUGUAUGGUCCUCCUAACGGUUUACUCUGGCAGAACUUCUUACUGCUGUUACAUCUAUGAAAGGAUACAUAAUACAUUUAUUGCAGUGCAAUGCAGUUACAUAUUCAACCGAUUGCAAGUUAAUGGCUUCUGCUUCAGAAGACACAACAAUUGCAUUGUGGGAACUGUAUCCUCCCCAAACUUGAGACGACAUGGUAUUUAUGUAUGCUAAUCCAACAUGGACCCAUAGUUACAAGUUUUCUCAAGCAGGGAGAUGAAGAAUCAAUUGCCUGUUGCAUGUCUCCAUCUAUGGCGGUUAUAGAGAAUUGUACGGUAAACAAGCAUUUGAAGUUCUUAUGGGCUGAAAACAACUUAAUUUGGCACCAUCUCCAUUGUGGAAUGCUGUUGCGAUAUACUUUUAGGAUGUCAAAAUGUGUCAAAGCGGCAUUAAUAGCAUUCCUAGGUGAAAACCCCGAGAUCAUGAGUUUUUGUCCAUCACCAAAUACAUAGUUUGAUCUCAUACCAGGAGACCCAAUGGAUUUCCUAUUGAUUCCAGUAAAGGACACUGGGUGGUGUUAACUUGCCCCUUGCAAAGAAUUAAAGCAAUGUUCUCAUCACAAUCUUAAUAUAUUCACUGUUUUUUCA